AAGUCAUACAGCUUCAAUAAUAAUUCUUUAUAUUACUAUGAGGACGGGCGCGUGAAGGUGACGUUCUGUUGCUAUGAGGAUUAGCCUGUAAGUUUCCUGUGAGGAAAUAUUUGACCAUUUAGCUUUAAAAAGCAACGUUUAUCGCAUAUUAGAUUGUUAAAAAGCGUCAUUUAUUCUUUCAGGCCAUAAUGGAUGACCAGUCUGGUUGGGUAAAUUUGGACAACCUUUUGCUGCAGUUAGCUUUAGAGACGAGAGAAUUAGCCCAAAACAAGGAUGACUUGACACGAGAAAUUCAAAAUUUUAAAGCAGACAUAGAAGAAAAGAAGAAAUGUGUUGAUGAAACUCAUAAGUCUAUAAAGACAUUAGAGCAGGACAUUCAGCAAAAACAAAACACUGUCAAAUGUUAUAAGGAAAAUGUUAAAAGUCUUCGUGGAGCUAGUGAUCUUCUGCUUCAGUAUGAGAAGAUGCUGGAAGCUGAGCUCGAAAGAAGGCAGGAAAGCUAUAAUCAGGACAUGCAAGUGUUUCAGGAAAGAAUGGAAAACUACUGGAAAAUCUUUCGGCAGCAUAAAGAGGAGUAUUUGCAGAAUCCUCUGGCUACAAAGCUCCUAAAGAUUCAGGAUGAGAAUGAAGAAAUUGAAAGAAGAAUCCGAGCAAAGGAAGAGGAAAUAAUAGCAAAAGAAAAAGAAUUAAAAGCUCUGCAUGAGAACCAUGACAUGUGUGACAGUGUUCAGAAACAUGUUAAAUUGAAUGAACAGCGAGCAUCACCACCUGAGAGUGACAGUCAGUCUGGAGUAAAUGUGACAUCACAUCAAGAUCCUCAACCACAGGUUACUAAGACAGAACAGGAGAAUCUUCAGAUUGAGAUGGAUGAGAAGGCUUUGGAGAACGAUCAUGACCAAGCAGAUGGUGUUGAUGAGUCAAAUUUAUCUGAAGUGGGUGUAAUUGGUAGCACCGUAUGGGCAGAGUCAGAAAUAAGCCGUGAACAAAGUCAAGAAGUAGACCAAAAUGAACAGGAACACACAGCAGAAGUGGACAUGAAUAUGAAGACCCCCUGUGAGUCCAAUGCGGUCGAGGAGAUGAUAGAGGCUGAAGAGCAGCAGGAGAGCGAAGAAGCCUCAGUGGAGAAGAGCGGCAAUGAGGGAGAAGCGUGUCCCCGGUUGUCCCCCAUGCAAAUGCGUGCACUGGAUAUGCCAACAUUCAGUCUAAUCAGCCCCAGUACAUCUCAGGGUCAGCAAUUGAGCGGAGAACCACCAGUGUUCGAUUUCUCUGCGAUCUCUGGACCAAACACCCCCACAUUCUCUGGCUUUGACUGCAGCUUUGAAGUGGGGCCGAGCCAACACGAGGAGUCACCUUUUACAUUCUCAAGCUCUUAUUUUAGCAAGAAGUCUCCUGAAGCAAAGAUGGCAGGAUUUCUGUUUGAUGAAUCAGAGAUCUGUCCAGAGGAGGAAUUUGCCUUUUCGUUCAGCUCCAAGAGCCCUCAGGAGCAGCAGUCCGGGUCAGGAGGGACUGGAGAUGCAUUCCCGUUUUCCUUCAACUUUGGGAAAUUUUAACUCAUGCUCUUAGCACUUUAUUGCAGAUUCUGACAAGUGUUUAGAAGAAGUUUUAUUAUUAUUGUAGUUUCAUAGUUGCCUUGUUUGACUUUAGAAAUAGUUCAAGACGGGACUUUUUUUUAUUGGGAUGUUCUGUCAAGAUGAAUGAAUGAUUUUAAAUCAUUAAAUUUAAAAUGCCUUAGAAUUAAAACAUAUAUUUACAUUCCACUGGUAUAGUAGAGCUUAAUUUAAAAGUUUGAUGUGUUUUUCUUGCUUUGUACGUAAGGUGUUCUGUGAUGUCUAUAAAAGAAGUGAUCAACAAUG